UCUGCUUGCUUUACGUUCCGUAUCGGUGAAGCUGGAGAAGAGUUCAUCGUUGAUCAGUCCCGCCAGUAUGGCUAUCCUGCCAUGCAAAAGACACAACCCGCAUCUGGUUUCAAGCUGAAGAUCGAGCCCGGUGAGUUCACCGACUCGGAGAUUCUCGUCAUGAUGGGGGAGAACGGUACCGGAAAGACCACCUUCUGUAGGAUGCUCGCUGGUGCCGAGAAGCCCGAUGGCACUAAGAGUGUCCCCGCUAUGAACAUCUCCAUGAAGCCUCAGAAGAUCACCCCCAAGUUCAAGGGUACCGUUCGUCAACUCUUCUUCAAGAAGAUCAAGGCCGCCUUCCUCAACCCUCAGUUCCAGACCGAUGUCUACAAGCCUCUGAGAAUGGACGACUUCAUCGACCAGGAAGUUCAAAACUUGUCCGGUGGUGAAUUGCAGCGUGUCGCCAUCGUCUUGGCCCUUGGUAUCCCCGCCGACAUCUAUCUCAUCGAUGAACCUAGUGCCUACCUUGAUUCCGAGCAGCGUGUCAUCGCUGCCCGUGUUAUCAAGCGUUUCAUCAUGCACUCCAAGAAGACCGCCUUCAUCGUCGAGCACGAUUUUAUCAUGGCCACUUACCUUGCUGAUCGUGUCAUUGUCUUCGACGGUAUUCCGUCCGUCGACGCACGCGCCAACAAGCCCGAGUCUCUCCUCACUGGUUGUAACAAGUUCUUGAAGAACUUGGACGUCACCUUCAGACGUGAUCCCAACUCAUACCGUCCUCGUAUCAACAAGCUGGACUCUCAGCUCGACCAGGAACAGAAGAGUGGUGGAAACUACUUCUUCAUGGAAGAAGAGUCUUGAAAGGAGUUUUCCUAAACUCACAACACUGGCCCCCUUGGCGCCCGGCGAAAGGUGCCUCACGCGCCGCUCUGCUCCGACGCAACCGCUCCUAUCGCCGCCGCAAGCGAUGCUCGCGGUCCGGUGCGGAUGAAGAGAUAAGAGACGCGGCAGUGGGCGAUCAGGAUG